AUGAGAGGUCAAUUGCAGUGGUCCCGCGCGCAGGCGGCACGGAAUGCUGUCCAAUUCCAUGCGCGACCAACCUUUCGCCAAUUCCAACAAGUGCGCCAUGCAUCGAGCGAGCUCAAGAAAGAGGUCGCUCGCAACGAGAUCGUCGGAGACGCACGCUCAGGUUUUACCCGCAUCAAGAAUCUGCUAGUCGGAACCUCGAUUCUCGCCGUCCUUGGAUUUGGAUACCUCUACGUUACAGACACACGAGCAACCUUCCACCAAUGGCUCGUCCCGCGUGUCUUGCGCACCAUCUACCCCGAUGCCGAAGACGCCCACAGAGCUGGCAACAAGGCCCUCAAGGCCUUAUACUCUGUCGGUCUGCACCCCCGUGAAAGAGGCAACCCGGACCUGAAUGGAGACUUGAAGGUCGAGGUGUUUGGACACGUCUUGGACAACCCCAUUGGAACAUCUGCUGGUCUGGACAAGAACGCCGAUAUCCCUGACGUCGUCCUGGGUUUCGGUGCUGGUAUUGUUGAGGUUGGCGGUAUCACCCCUAGACCACAAGAGGGCAACCCCAAGCCUCGUGUCUGGCGCAUUCCUUCGCAGAACGCCGUCAUCAACCGCUACGGUCUCAACUCUGAAGGUGCCGACAGUGUGGCUACUCGUCUUCGCCAGCGACUGCGCGAGUUUGCAUAUGCCCUCGGUCUUGGUCUUGACCCCGUCGCAGAGCAGUCUGUCUUGGAUGGUCACGCUGGCGUGCCCCCUGGCAGUCAAAUGCCCGGUCGCCUGCUUGCUGUUCAGGUCGCAAAGAUGAAGGUCACUCCCGACAACGACAUCGAUGCUAUUGCCCAAGACUACGUCUAUUGUGUCAACCAACUUGCCAAGUACGCGGACAUCCUGGUCGUCAAUGUCUCGUCACCAAACACUCCUGGUUUGCGCAACUUGCAGCAGGCUGCUCCAUUGACUAAGAUCCUGACUGCCGUUGUCGAUGCUGCACAAGCUACUGACCGCAAGACGAAGCCUGCUGUCAUGGUCAAGGUCUCCCCCGACGAGGACAGCGAUGAGCAAGUCAGUGGCAUCUGUGGUGCUGUCUGGGCUAGCGGUGUCGACGGUAUCAUUGUCGGAAACACUACCAACAAGCGUCCCGACCCUCUACCCCUCGGCUACCAACUUUCUCAAAAGGAGCAGAACAUCUUGCUUGAGACUGGUGGCUACUCUGGUCCCCAACUGUUCGAGCGCACCGUUGCUCUAGUCAAGAAGUACAGAACCACAUUGGAUAAGGGACCCAACGAGAGCAAGCCCAAAUCUGAAUCUGAGACCAAAGCCGAGCCCAAGAAAAUUGAAGCGCCCAAGCAACCCGAAAAGUCAGAGUUUCAGCUCGAGACCGAAGCCAUGAAAGCUAAGAUCAGACAACAACUGCAGCAAAAGUCGGACUCGACCAAGAGCGCAGCUCCCAACAGCUUGGAUGCCGAGACAAAGUCUGCCAUCGAAUCAAGCGCAAAUUCCCUCAGCACACCAGCCCAACUGCCCACAAAGGAAAAAGUCAUCUUUGCGACUGGUGGCAUCACCAAUGGCAAACAAGCUUUGGAAGUGCUGAACGCAGGUGCGAGUGUGGCUAUGGUGUAUACGGCUAUGGUGUAUGGAGGUGCAGGCACGAUCACGAGGAUCAAACAGGAGAUGAGAGAGGAAAUCCACGGAGAGGAGAAGAAGUUGCCUUCUUCGAAGCCCAGAGAUGAGCGAUAG